AUGAAACACGCUGCUUCGCAUUUCUCACACAAGGUGGGAAGGCAACCAUUCCGCUGCCAUGAGCCCACUGGACGAUCAUGCCAUGGACAAAGACUUGGGCCAGUCGGCUUCCUCCGCCACUCAUACUUUGAAACGCCGGAACGCGAUACCAAGAAUACCGAAAGAGCCCUACGCUCGUGCCGGGAGGACAAAGAAAGCGCGAGCGCCCGCCCCUCCCUUUACUUCCUCCCCCUCGGGAUCCUCCUGCCUCCGCCUCCCCCGCGCUUGCUCGGCCUGUUGGACUGUCUCCUAGCAACGGUCCGCGUGCCGUUGCUUGGGCAGAAGGGCCGAAAGCGGAUGGAGCGCUAUGUCUUUACUUCUCAAAAGCAGAGCGCGAUCCCCGACUCUGCCUCAGCCGGCUCCCGCCAUUUUCUAUGGCUCCGUGGAUCCGAGAAACCCGGUGGUUCACCGAUUCGAGACCGACCUGAGCGACUGCUUGAGCCUCCUGAAGCAGAAACGGGAAGCGGGGGGCGCGAGCUCCAGGGAUCAGGAGCUGCACAGGCGAGGCAAUUUCUCAUUACUGGGUGGAUUCGACAUACAGUAAUUCAUCUGUAUUUGUAUUUUACUUUACGUCCGACUGUGCCGCCGCAUCGAGCCUGUUGUGGCUGCUGUCGAAAAGCUAAGCAGGGUCGGACCUCAGCCACUUCUUUGUUUAAUAUCUGGAACAACUACAGGCCUCGACUCCCAGCUUGGUAUUACAAUGAAACACUUGUGAAAAUUGGUGAUCAGCUUAUGGAAAUGAAAGAAUAUAAGCUAGCAUUCUUGUAUUGCUAUGAGCAGUAUCUUCAACAAGUUAGUGGUAUAAAUAUAAACAAACAUGGAUUAGAUGUGCAUCAAUUCAAGUCUGUUUUUUUCCCAAAUGGAUUUAGAGAUCAAAGUGCUACACGAACAUUCCAUGUUCUGCAAGCAAGGAAUAUUUGCCUUUACAAAAUGGUAUGUGAUAAAGACAGUGAUCUCUUGAAUCAAGACUCUGUGAAGACAUGUUUUAGUAUCUUAGCUGUACUGCAACUCAUCAUGCAGAUGACUUUGCCCCAUGAACAUUUAUGUUGGAUUGUCUACAAUGGCACAGUACAUAUGUAUACCAUAUGUAGGCAUUUGAUGACUAUAGGCCAAUCUGCUAAGGUGCUUGAAUAUUUAUUGUGGGCAUCAGUAUGUAUGGAAUCAUCAAUUCCACUUUUAGCUGUGCACUAUUUGACAUGGAGAGCCACUCUGUAUGCUGCUGUUUGUCAAUGUUAUUAUGAUUGCCAGUCUGGUAUUCAUGGAGAGGUAUUUGCACGGCGUGGUUUGAUUAAAAUUGAUGAACUAAAGCAAAUGGAGAUUAUGAGUUCAUCACCUCUGAGUACAGAAACAAAGAAGAAAUUCAAAGAAGCGACUGUGAAGAUGGCAGUGAUGAUUUUUAAAAGAACAGCAUUUGAACCAAGAAGGCGACCAAAAGGAGUUCUGAGACCAAGAAUAAAAGCUAAUCUGAAAGAUGCACAGCAUCUGCCUUGGCCUCGUACCAUCACAGAACGGUUGCUGAUGGAAAUAUUUGAUUGCAAUUCCUCACUUUUUUUUGCCAUUAUGGAAGCUCUAUUUGAUAAAAACAGACGGACCCUGAUCCCUGGACCUCCUGUUCCUGAUGAAGUGGAAGUGCGUGAUAUUAUUUCAGAACUCUGUUUUGCAGGCGUGGAUAUUCUUGAUGGUGGUGGCGUCAAUGUACCAAGUAACACUUCUGAAAUUUCUUCAGCAAUAACUACAUCACCAUUUAUGCAGCAGAUAUUAGCAGGGAAAAAUGGUAUUUCUGCAGAUGCUGCAUUGAGGUUUAUUAAGAUAACCUUCAGUUAUGAGGAAUGGGAUUCAUUUGAUCAUGCAGCUGUACUGUUUUUUUCAUUUCUUCAGAAUCAGAGUAAUCCAAGAUGGAAGAAAGCAGAAGCAGAACUCAGACUACUACUUGUAAUGCAGAAUUUGUUGUCUACAAGAAAAGCAAGGCAUGGUUUGUGUAUUCAAGGAGAUAAUAUCCGAGAAACAGCUGCUUUUCGUAGUCCAGGGAAAAAAUACAUAGCAUUUCUAGAAGGAUCGGUACAACCAGGAAAAAUUACUGAUGAUCUUUUUCUGCUGGCAAGAACUCUUUAUUCCUCUGUCUGCACAUCUAAAGAGGUUCACCUUCCAGACAGAGAAAUGAUAAUUGAUGCAACUAUGUUUUUGUGGCAAAAGUGUAAAGUAGGAAUUCAAAAGAUCCAGAUGAGUGGAAGUAACUUCUUAAAGUUCAUUCAUAAAUACCAAACACCCAAGUGGCUUCACAUUCUUUAUAUAAUUAAUGAAGUAAUUCACACCAUUAAUCUUGGAAACAUUAAUCCUGUAUUAAUAGCUGAAGUAUCAUUACGGCUAACAUCAGUGAUGGAAAAUAUUGCAGACUUCAAAUCUGGAGACACAUCAGUUUUAGCAGAAGACGAUUCUCUGUUGCUUUCAGAAUACUGUACCAGUGACAUUCCUUCAUUAUUACAG